AUGACUCUAUUGUCAAUUGCAUAUUACGGCUCAACUUCCACUCCAACUACCACCUCAACAACUACCACGACAACACUGAGUAACUCCGACGCCACAACAACGUCCGAUACAUCCACAUCCUCCACCACAAAGAAUGUACCUCCUGCCCAACAGACCCCCGCUCCUGAUACUAUAAAAUCGACAUCCUCGUCCUCUUCGUCCCAUACUGGUGCAAUUGUCGGUGGGGUCAUUGGCGGAGUAGCCGCGGUAGUCAUCGUGGCUGGGCUGAUCUGGUUCUUCAUGCGCCGCAAUCGGGGGCGGCGGCAGCAGCGGAAGGAAGAACCCGUCAUGAUCGGCUCUGGAAUGCCAGAGAUGAGGAGGGCACCGGUAGAACUUGAUGCCCAACCAAGACAUGAAUUGGAAUCACCUAUGGUGGCAAAAUAG